GUACUUUUUACACUCUUUAGGGAACAGAGUAGUUUAAAAGCUCCUGACAUCAUUUCAAAUCUGUCCGUUGCCAUUGUUCGAAAACAUGUCAGCAGAUUCAACAUAACGAGAUCCAAUGUGUGGGAUGGGGCAGUCAGAGGAUUUAACCGUGUAUCAUACUCAGAAUUCAGUGACAGGUUUGUAAAGUUUUCUGAUGAUGCUGGCACAUUGGAAGAGGGUCUUGAUACAGGUGGACCAAGAAGGGAACUUCUCACUUUACUGAUGAGCAGCCUGUGGAAUCGUCCCAUUUUUGAUGGACCACCCAACAGCCGUUACCUGGUGUACAAUUCAGUUGGUAUGUAUUUAAUUAACAUUGAGGAGAAACAUUCAAUUUUGGAAGAAUGUGUCAGGUGGUAUGUGAUUGACAGAAACCACAGUGUUAUUAAAAGAUUUAAGGAUGGACUUGCCACUCUGCAGUUUCUGACAGCACUUGAGCAGCAUCCCAGUGUUUUGUCUCCUUUCCUUUGCCACACUGAGAAGAAGCUGACAGCGACUGAUUUGGAAAACCUCUUCAAAGCAGAACUCAGCCCAGUUGGUAGUAACCAGAGGCAAAAGGAAUCCAGGACGCUUUCCUUUUGGUCAGACUAUCUCCUCGACUGUGAAGAACACCAGACUGAAGUGCCAUUGGAGAAUGUGCUGAUGUUUGCUACUGGCCUAACAUCACUUCCACCUGCUGGAGUAGCACCACAACCAUGGAUUGUUUUUCUUGACAAUUCACUCUUCCCAACGGCAAAUACAUGCACAAACACACUCAAGUUACCAAUCUUAGAGACAUACAGUCUUUUUCAGACUCAAAUGGAUUUUGGAAUCCAGAAUUCACCAGGUUUUGGAUGUAUUUAAGUAAACUUUACAUCCUCCGUAUUCUCAGUUCAUAUGUCUUGCAAUGUCACAAAGUUACAAUCUGUGUAUUGCGUUGUUUCCUUUUUAAAUAAGUUCUUCUGAGGUUGCACUCUGUAGUUUCUACUGUAAUUUUUUGAAUACUCGUGAUCAGAGGCCUGUUGUUUCCUUCAUUGUGAAAUAGAGUUGCAGUGCCUCCUCCCAAUUAUCUGGCCACUGUAACUGAUUGUGUUCCAUUGCAAAUUCUAGAUAUUCCUGGAUGUUUUUGUCUCCACAUAACUGCAUUGUCAGCCUUGACUCAGGAAAAGCACUUAACUCCUCUUCUUCAACUGCAAAGCCACAGUCUCUUGAUCCAUACCUGCAAGAAGAUACAUUUCUAUGUAAAUGUAUUCAGCAGACACAUUUAUACAAUGUAAUUUUUUUGUAGUAGUGUAUAUUAAA